GCAACUUGUGGCGCAUGCGCAGAGCCAUGCAUAUGGUGGCCUGUAGGUAUAGGUUGAUCAUUUGGUUUCGAAUUCGGCACAAUGUCCCUUCGAUACAAACCUCGCUGGCGACUGCAAGAACACUCCAAUGUCAUAACAUGCCUAGCCUUUAGCCCUCACGGAACGUACAUAGCUGCAGGUGGAGUAGAUGGCAAGCUUUCGAUAUGGUCUUACGACCUGGGACGUCUUCUUUAUGUUGUAUCUGGACAUGCGGGCGUGCUAUCUCUCAGCUGGAUAGGACCAUCCGAACAGAGUUUACUAUGCGGGUUACAAGAUGGGACGGUGUUGUCCGUUGAAAUAGACCAGAGCCUUACUGCCACGGGGUAUUUUGCCCAUCAAUACCCUGUUGAAUGCAUUUCUAUCUCGGGCGAUACCGUCGCAACUGGUGCCCAUAAAGAAGUUCAUGUUUGGGAAUUCCGAGAAAGAGGAGCAAAUUGGCGUCGAGUCUCCAAACUUGAUUUGCCACCUAGCGUAGGAAGCAACAGAAGUGAUGAAAUCAUCGUCACCUCUUUGCAUUGGGCUCGUACCAAGUAUUCUCCCAACACCUUAUUGGUUUCUUACAUGCAUCAUGGAAUCGCAUUCUGGGACAUUUCUUCGCGCAUGAUUCUUCACUUCAUUUCCGUUAAGACACUUGUUGCUAGCACAAGCCUUUCUCCCCGCCACCAAUAUUUGGCAGUUUCCAGUAUUCAUAACGGAUUUGAUAUAUAUGACUUGAAUUCUGAUGCACCAAUCAUGUCUUUCAAUCAGCCUACAUCUAAAGGUAUAUGUAUCCCCGUUUUGUUUGCUCAUCAUGGUUUUGCUGUCUUAGGCGGAAGCACCGAGGGGAAAGCUAGGCUAUGGGCUAUUGAAACAGGCAACCUCAUACAUACACUUCAUCACUCCGAUGAUGACACCAUCCAAGCCAUCGCCGCACACUACGAUGCUAGCGGAGACAGAUUUAUGAUUGCUACAGGAUCACACUCGCCAAACGAUAAACAUUAUAUACAAUUGUGGCAUGCUCAAGAUAUCUACCGUGAUAAUAUCCCAGCUCGGCUGAUGACAUUAUUAUCACCUCCGGCGCAGCUACAAGAUCAUCAUAAUAUGUCAUGGACACACUGGAUUGCCUGGUUUAUUUUCUUGUUUAUUGGUUUUAUCCUGUCGUGGCUUUUCGUGUAUUGGAAGGACAAAACAAGUAUAUAGUGCUAUUAUGCUGCAAUCUAUAUAGUACGUAUUCAACUGGGGAGAAUGGGCGAAUUCCGAUGCUUGUAUUGUUUUUUAUAAGUUCCUUCUUGCACCAAAGAAGGUUGGUUACCUUCCGUUAUAACGAGAUAUCUAGUCGAACCAGACUCCAUGGUGAAUUGCUGGCCGUCUUUCACUGUAACCCAUCCAUCAUCCCAACGCCAUACCUGACACUUGCUAUUUACCCAAUGGAUGUACAAAUCACCUCGCUCAACACCACGUAUGUUGGGAAUGGCAACACACGCCGAAGAUUUUGACUCGAACCAGGAAUAUUCUCCCUCGGCACCCCUGAACUUAUGUGUUUUACGAGACGAGACCACCAGUAGUUCGGGAUUGUUGCUCGACGUGGGCGUUGUUUCGUUGGCCUCGAUAUUACCGGUGGUCGGGAUGCUAGGCAAUACACUUUCAACCUCUACUGAUUAAAUUAUAAGGGUGUUCCGACCUUGGAAGAUUAACGAGUUCUUUGUGAUGCUGCUCUUUAUGAUUUGCAGGAUUUUCCAAAAUUACCUUUUAUAAUUAGGGGAACUUGAAGCAGCACGGAAAGAUCGAAGGACAGUCGCUUGCGGUGGCCCUGUUGCGGUUGUAUAUGCAUGCCUGGGCGGUGGAAGGUCCAACCGUGUCACACUCCUCUUUUGCAGAGGUGCCUGGACUCGAAAUAUCCAACGAUCGCUGUACUCUGUCA